AUGGCGAACGAUGAUGACGCCAGAGUUCAAGUUCUCUCCACAUCUCUAGUCCACGCCAACAACAAAACCACACAACCACCGCCACCUUACGGGAGGAUUCCUCUCACGCCGUGCGACCUCCGCCUCCUUCUCGUCGGAACCAUCCAGAAGGGACUCCUCUUCCGCAAACCCGCGGCGGCCACGACGACGACGGUCGCAUUCGUCGACAGCUUGAAGUCUUCCUUCUCCGCCGCCCUCGCCUUGUUUUACCCGUUCGCCGGCCGCCUCUCCGCCGACGAACACCCUGAAGACGGCACCGCCACUAUCUACAUCGACUGCAACGACGCCGGAGCUCCUUUCGCCCACGCUUCCGCCGCCGGCGUCUCCGUCGCCGACAUCCUGGACCCCGUUUACAUCCCUUCCGACGUCAUCCUGUCCUUUUUCCCCCUGAACUGGCUCAGAAACUACCAUGGGUUCGAGCAUCCGUUGGCCGCCGUCCAGGUCACCGAGCUCUCCGACGGGGUAUUCGUCGGCUGGACGAUCAGUCACGCCGUCGCUGAUGGCGCCACCAUUUGGAAGUUCGUCAAAUCCUGGUCCGCACUCUGUCGGGGUGAUUACGAUCAUAAACUAAUUGGUCCCAAUAACUCGAAUUGUAGGGAGAAAAUUAUAUUAGAUCUUAUACCACUCUUUGACAAUUACGUCUCGUCGACGGCGGCCUUCUCUAGAAACUGGUUUAUCGAUGAGAAGCACCGCCUCAUCAAGAUCCCCAUCACGAAAAUCAAAGAAUUCGAAGGAGAGGGCAAAAUCGUCUUUCCGCAGCUGAAGGAGCGGGUCCUCCAUUUCAGCCGCCGGACACUCGAAGAUUUAAAAACACGGGCCAACGCCGAAGCAGCUGACAUCGGCUGCUUCGGCGACGGCAAAAUAUCUUCUCUCCAGUCGCUAAUCUCUCACCUAUGGAGGGCGGUAAUUCGAAACAAGAAUAUUACUCUAGAUCCAGAUUCAGAUCAGGAGGAAGCCGCAUUUGUUGUCCAGGUGGGAUUUCGGUCGAGGUUCGUUCCCGAAGACUACUUCGGGAACGCGGUCAUUACGUGGCCGAUAGUGGUUAAGUUGACAGAGCUGUCAGGAGGACGCGACAAAGGAUUGGGACGCGUGGCGGCGGAAGUCAAUAAGGUGGUGGUGGCGGGGCUUACAGACGAGAAGUUGAAGGGAGCGGUGGAAUCGUGGAUCGAGAAUCCAAAGAUGCCGACGUUGAGGGGUUUGGUGGCAGGAGGGAUGGCUCUGAGCAGCUCGCCGAGGUUCGACGUGUACGGUAACGAUUUCGGGUGGGGGAAGCCCGUGGCGGUGAGGAACGGUCCCAGGAACAAAUUCGACGGGUAGCUGACUGUGUAUCCCGGAGUUGAGGACGGGAGCGUCGACGUUGAGAUUUGUCUGUCGCCGGAGACGGCGGCGCGUCUGGAAAGUGAUGCGGAAUUCAUGGCUGCAUUGGAGUAAUUAAUUAAGUUGGUACU